CCGCCUGCGCCUCCCUCCCAUUCAGCAGUUGUUGCAUCGACCCCGUUGGGUACAACACGCAACGCAAACACCCCGUUUUUACAAAGCCUCCUUCUGGGCAUUUUCUCCUUCUCCUCUUCCUCUUUGAACCUCAGACGGAAAAAUGCGUGAGUGCAUCUCCAUCCACGUCGGUCAGGCCGGUGUUCAGAUCGGCAACGCCUGCUGGGAGCUCUACUGCCUGGAGCAUGGCAUCCAGCCGGACGGGCAGAUGCCCAGUGACAAGACUCUUGGAGGAGGAGACGACUCCUUCAACACCUUCUUCAGCGAGACCGGAGCAGGGAAGCACGUCCCCAGAGCCGUUUUUGUAGACCUGGAGCCCACUGUCAUCGAUGAGGUUCGCACUGGGACCUACCGCCAGCUGUUCCACCCUGAACAGCUGAUCACUGGGAAGGAAGAUGCUGCUAACAACUACGCCAGAGGACACUACACCAUUGGCAAAGAGAUCAUCGACCUGGUUCUGGACAGGAUUCGGAAACUGGCUGACCAGUGCACAGGCCUGCAGGGCUUCCUGGUUUUCCACAGCUUCGGUGGAGGAACCGGUUCUGGUUUCACCUCCCUGCUGAUGGAGCGUCUCUCCGUCGACUACGGAAAGAAGUCCAAGCUGGAGUUCUCCAUCUACCCAGCUCCCCAGGUGUCCACUGCUGUUGUGGAGCCCUACAACUCCAUCCUGACCACCCACACCACCCUGGAGCACUCAGACUGUGCCUUCAUGGUGGACAACGAGGCCAUCUACGAUAUCUGCCGCAGGAACCUCGACAUCGAACGCCCCACCUACACCAACCUGAACAGGCUGAUCAGCCAGAUCGUGUCCUCCAUCACUGCGUCUCUCCGUUUUGAUGGUGCCCUGAAUGUUGAUCUGACUGAGUUCCAGACCAACUUGGUACCAUACCCUCGUAUCCACUUCCCUCUGGCCACCUACGCCCCGGUGAUCUCUGCAGAGAAGGCUUACCAUGAGCAGCUCUCAGUGGCCGAGAUCACAAACGCCUGCUUCGAGCCGGCCAAUCAGAUGGUGAAAUGUGACCCUCGCCAUGGCAAGUACAUGGCCUGCUGCUUGCUUUUCCGUGGUGAUGUGGUGCCCAAGGACGUCAAUGCUGCUAUUGCCACCAUCAAAACCAAACGCACCAUCCAGUUUGUGGACUGGUGUCCCACUGGUUUCAAGGUUGGCAUCAACUACCAGCCACCAACUGUGGUUCCUGGUGGUGACCUCGCCAAGGUCCAGAGGGCUGUGUGCAUGCUGAGCAACACCACUGCUAUUGCAGAGGCCUGGGCUCGGCUGGAUCACAAGUUCGACCUGAUGUACGCCAAGCGUGCAUUCGUCCACUGGUAUGUGGGUGAGGGAAUGGAGGAGGGAGAGUUCUCCGAGGCCAGGGAGGACAUGGCAGCUCUGGAGAAGGAUUACGAGGAGGUUGGAGUCGACUCCAUUGAGGGUGAGGGAGAGGAGGAAGGAGAAGAGUAUUAAAAGAACCACAGAGAAGUUGAGCAGGAAAUAUUCGAUCACAACAAAUUCUUAAAUGCAUUCAAACCAGAGAUGUUUGUCCAUCAAAGUAUUGGAUUUGCUUUUUGAAUAAAACUCCUGAAGUUGUGAAGUUUGGCUUUGUUCUGAAUAAAAUCUCUGUGAUGUGAAAA